CUUCGCCGGAGCAGCCCAGAAAGCAGAGGGUCAAUGGGACAUGUAGAGGGAGGGUGCUAGUUAGACUUGGUGGGGAAGGAACUGGUGAAAAGAGCUGAGAAGCUAGGGAAAGAACUUGGGAUGAAUUUUAAUACCCCAGAAGGGUCACUCGGUUCUUACUUCCUUAGAUAAGGGAUAAAGCUCAGACCCCUGAAACUCAUCUUCUCAUAGGGCAGAGAUCAGUUAGACUGCUAGGAUUUCCGUGCUAAUUGACUGAGAGAGUUGGCAGGUGUAACUAAUGAAUCCUUUUUUACCAAGGAUCAAGACUGGAAGAAGCAGUCUCUAAAUGACAGACUUAUAGAAUCCACAUCCCAGUUCUCUCACUUGCACUUAAUCCUGCUGUUGAGAAUCCCUGAGUGGCUUAUAAGUUCUGUUCCUGCUCUGUGCUUGUUUCCACUACAACCUUAUCCUCAGGACAAGAUUCAGGCGUCACCAUGAAGUGUAUCCUGUUAACCUUGCUGAUGAUAACUGGUGUUAUUUCAGUUUUUAUUGAAGAUGUUGCAGACCUAAGCAAUCUUUUCUAUUUAUUAUAUCUGAAAUCCAGUUACAAGUCCUGUAUGGGGACUCUGAUUGCUCCUCAGUGGGUGAUAACGGCAGCACACUGCUUCUUACCAGAUCUCCAGGUUAUCUUAACUGGUGGAGCCAUCACUUUUCAAGAGUUUAUUGGGGAGAUUCUGCCUUAUGAGGAGGUCAUUGUUCACCCAAAUUUCACUUUCACUUCUCCUAAAAAUGAUCUUAUGCUGAUAAAGUUGUCUGUACCUCUCACCUUCUUCUCUACCAGCAUGUUUCAGUUGCCUGUUUCCAAUGCAAGUGACAUUUCAGAUUGCUUGGUUUACACCUGGGUGGAAGAAAAAAGAUCGUUUGGAAAGACAAGAGGUUACCUGCAGAGCUUCAUGACUGAACUGAGUAUUGAUUCAGUCUGCAGAACAUUACUGCAUAAAAAGUUUUUUGAAGACUUGUUCUGUGUGGGACGCUUAAGAAAAAGCACAGAAGAAUGCCAGGUGACCACAGGUGCACCAGCCACAUGUGGCGAUAAAUUACAAGGAAUUAUGUCUUGGACAACUGGAUGUUUUCCGACAGAUCUUUCUGCUGUCUUCAUUAACAUCUACAGCCACAUUCCAUGGAUUAAGAACGUUAUUUCUACAUAAGCUGAUUCGCAACUCCAUUGACACCCUCCCUACAUCCCAACUGAUCCAUGGAAACCACAUUCUGUAUCUUAGUCCCAAUUUUUCCUAGGAUCUAGGCUUGAGUGUAGUGUCAAAAGAAAUCAUUGAUGACUCCUUGGUGUUGACAUUUCUCUAGUUUCUUUAACUACUUCUUUGCUUAUUCCCAGCUCACCAACAAGUGUUUAUAUAACAUUGAAAACAUGGAUGCUGGUCUCAAGAAGUAUAGUCCUACCAACUCAGAUAA